GAAGCGAAGGUUGCCAGAUCAGCAAAUCAUAGCCGUUGAUUCACUUCCAAUCCAAAAGCUAACAUUCAUCAACUGACAAAACCAACCAACCAACCAACUUCUUUCGCUAUCUUACGCCAAAGCUCUCUUAAUUCCUCCGUUUGCAUAUUUUCCGGUCAGAUCAAAAUCAGAAUCAGAAUCAAAUUUCUCGUCGUGUCGGAGUAAAUCAAGCCAUGGAUUCCGGAACCAAAGUGAAGAAAGGAGCCGCUGGAAGAAGAAGUGGUGGAGGUCCUAAGAAGAAACCGGUUUCCCGUUCGGUUAAAUCCGGUCUACAGUUUCCUGUCGGUAGGAUCGGUCGGUAUCUUAAGAAAGGUCGUUAUUCGAAGCGUGUCGGAACCGGAGCUCCGGUCUAUCUCGCCGCCGUCCUCGAGUAUCUUGCUGCUGAGGUUCUCGAGCUUGCUGGUAACGCUGCAAGAGAUAACAAAAAGAACCGUAUUAUACCACGCCAUGUUCUAUUAGCGGUGAGGAACGACGAGGAGCUAGGGACACUACUCAAAGGCGUAACCAUUGCACACGGCGGUGUUUUACCAAACAUAAACCCAAUACUCCUCCCAAAGAAGUCUGAGAAAGCAGCUUCAACUACAAAAACACCCAAAUCACCAUCAAAGGCAACCAAAUCCCCUAAGAAAUCUUAGUACUUCUUUCUUCAUUCCUCUGUAUAACCUACUGUUUCUAUCUCUCUGUACGUUUCUCUGUAAAGACAGAACAGAAUAUCUCUUUGUUGUUGUGAGAAAGCUUAGUUUCUCUGAUCGUCGUUGUGAAAUAAAAAAUGCAACGUUUCAUAUAGAUUUUGCACAAUCAAAAAGUAUUCAUAUAAACAAUGUAUUAUUAUUCGACUAUCAUCAUAUGAGAUCGAAGAUUUGAUCAAAAGACAGAACAAUGAUCUAUAAUUCCGAUGGAAAAACAAAACUGAUGUAAUCUUAAGAGCUUGUGAAUUUGGUGACAGCUUUGGUUCCUUCAGAGACGGCAUGCUUAGCCAAUUCACCAGGCAGAACAAGUCUCACGGCGGUUUGGAUUUCACGAGACGUGAUCGUCGGUUUCUUAUUGUAACGAGCGAGACGAGACGAUUCCUGAGCGAGUUUCUCGAAAAUGUCGUUGAUGAAACUGUUCAUGAUUCCCAUCGCUUUACCAGAGAUUCCAAUAUCUGGAUGAACCUGUUUCAAUACCUUGAAAAUGUAGAUCUUGUACGUCUCUGUGCUCUUCUUCGUCUUCUUCUUCUUCUUGACAAUCUCGCUCGUUCCUCCUUCUUUCGCGAUCUUCUUCUCCGCCUUUGGUGCUGGUGCUUUCUCCGCCGGUUUCUUCUCUGCCUUCGGCGCCAUUAAUCCACGAUACAGCGAUUGUGAUGAAUACUUCUGGGCAAUGAAAGAUGAUUUUUGAGGGUUUCGGUUUUGAAUU